CCCUGUCUUUGGCCAACACUCUAGUACAGUAGGUGGCGGUAAUGCAGCAUAACGUUGGAUGACAACUGCCGAUAAACCCCACCGAAGAAGAAGAAGAAGACCAAAUUGAUAACAAACCCGUUGCUGAUCAGAUGGAAUAUCUUUGAUUUCACAGUAGUACACACUGAUGUUUGCCAAUAAUGAACAAAUAAGGGUCGUUGAUGACUAACCCAUGAGAUCUUUCAGUGAUCACAGGGUCACUCAACUCUGUGAGACCUUCAACAGACAAUCCAUCCACUCACACAAACCAACAUGACCUCCGAGCAGGCCACUACCCUGCCGGCAUUCAAGGGCCCCGGUGACCCCAGUCCGGGCUACUUCUCCUGGGGUCUUCGCUUCCAGGUCAUCGGCCUGGGCUUUGCCUUCUACACCGCUGUGUUCGUCCUCUCCCACCUGGUGUCCAUGGCUCUCUCCCAGACCUACCGCUCUCUGCUGGCUAAGGAGAAGGUGUUCUGGAACCUGGCGGCCACACGGGCCGCGUUCGGCCUCCAGAGCACGGUGGCGGGCCUACGGGCGCUGACCGAGGAGUCAGCCAUGUCCAGGGACAGGGUCAGAGGUCAGGAGGACUGGUCUUGGUUCACUGUGCUCACAGCCACAGGCUUCUUUCUGUUUGAGAAUGUGGCGCUGCAUGCCUCCAGUGUGGUGUUCAGGGCUUUCGACCUUCCCCUGGCCGCCCAUCAUUUCUUUGCCCUGUCAGGGUUUGCUGGGGCGGUGGUCUGGGACUCACUAGGACAUUACCUGCCCAUGGUCACUCUACUACUGGAGAUGAGCACACCCUUCACCUGCAUCUCCUGGAUGUUACUAAAGGCUGGCUGGGCGAGGACGCUCUUCUGGAAGGCCAACCAGUGGGUGAUGAUCCACAUGUUCCACUGCCGCAUGGUGCUCACGUACUACAUGUGGUGGGUGAGCUGGAGUCACUGGGGGGAGAUGAACAUGUACGUGGCUCUGCCCCAGCGCAUCCUCUUCUACACCGGCCUGGCCCUGCUCACAGUGAUCAUCAACCCCAUCUGGACGCACAAGAAGACCAUGCAGCUCCUCAACCCUGUCGACUGGAACUUCAGCAACAAGCCGCCGCCCAAUGGCCCCAGUGGGGAGCAGAAGGAGAAAACUCAUGAGAGAUAAACAAGCCAAGAACUGUGAACCUGUUUGGAGAGUUAUGGGGCUCUUUUACUAUGCUUGUAAAGGAGAGGAAGGGUGACUAAUUUCUCACAAACUCUUUAGCUUUUAGUGCUUGAGAUGUUUUGAAGAUUUCAAGUUGAACUAAACUACUGUUUUUUUAAAGGUUCUCAGUACAGGUUUGAGGUCUGCUGUGUCUCUACAAGAUGUGUAUGAAAGGACCUCUUGCUCUUGGACUUUAGAACCUAGCUGGGUUCUGAAAGGAGAUGUCACUGACGACAAGAAAUCAUCUCACAGUAUUAUUGUCUUUGGUUAUAAUUUGCUGUUUUAGUUAGUGUUUUAUUGCGAAGGAGUGCAGAUGAACAGGGAGAAAGGUAUAUUAUUGUUCUGUUUACUUUGUUCAGCUUCCAGCAUGAAGGUGUGAAUGUGUUAGUUAACCUCUCUGGAAUGGGGUGUUGGCUGGUUUGAAGUGCCCUGAGGCACCAGUGGUAUUUGCACUUAUAGGCACAGUGUGUAGUCACUCAACCACUGUGCUGAGUACAGACAGGUCCAUGAGGCAGCAGAUUUACUGGCUGAGAACAAACCCAGUGACAGACUGGAGACUGGGUCAUUGGAUCUGGCAGAUCGCACGUCAUUGGAAGGCAAGCAACUUUGUUCUGUAUCGUACAAAACACUUCCUGACUUACAUUGCAGUCUAAUCUCAAGCAUGCCGGUAGUGUUGCAUGCUCUAAUGGAAUCUUUAUCAAUUCAUCUCAUCAUGUAGAAAUGGUUCCUGUGCUCUGUGGCUGUCAGUGUAGUAUCUUUGAAAGUGGGGUUGACUUGACGCACGUAGACUGUAAUACUAAGGCAGUGGAUGGACGCUAAGGGAGCUACCAGAAGCAUUACUGUUUUCAGGAGCAACUGUAGGGAGUAGUCUAAUAACAAGCACCACCGUGCCAAACAGACGGUCAUGUUGCUUCGCUUUGUAACUAGUCUCUACCACUGAUCUGCCUGAAAAUGAAGUUAGGGUUUAGUACUUAAUGGGUAAUCUUUUUAGUCUCCUUUAUGUUACCCAUCUCAUUGGACCUUCUGUAUGCCUGCAAAUUAGUCUUUAGUGGACAAUUAAAUCAGGUUAAUUUAAGAGUCAUGUGAGUGUGAGACGGAGUGAGUGUGAGAUGUGUGAGACGGAGUGAGUGUGAGAUGUGUGAGACGGAGUGAGUGUGAGACGGUGUGAGACGGAGAUGUGUGAGACGGAGUGAGUGUGAGAUGUGUGAGACGGAGUGAGUGUGAGAUGUGUGAGACGGAGUGAGUGAGUUUGAACCCUUAUCCUGGUCAUUUGUGAACAAAUGUGUAUUUCAUGAAUAUUCUCAUGGAAAACUCAGUCCUGCAGUCUAGCAUUGAGUUCUUUGGAGUAAACUCACCCACAUUGAGCUGCUUCCAGACCGCCCUACUUAUCUCACAAAGGCUCUUUUGUGUAUAAGUAUAUCUUUUUUUACAAACCGGUAUUACGUUAGUCACAGAUCCUAGAACUAAGGCCCCCUAUAGGUUAUAAAUGAUAAGGUAUGACAAGCAAUUCACAUGGGAAAACCUCAACAACAUCCAUGACAUUAUUUGAAGUCUUAAUAGCUGACGUAAGAGACUGACAGCCAAGACGGUAAAGCCCACACUGAGAAAAAGGGGCCAUAGGUAUUUAUUUUAUAUAUUUUUACAAAAUAUUAUUCAAAUUGAUGCAGGACUGAGGGCCUUUUAUAAACAUAAUUAACCUUAACUUUACUAGUUUGACUAAUAUUUUGAAUUCAGGAUUUAUUAUUACCGUUAUGAAUUAAGUCAAAUCAAAUGUAUUUAUAUAGCCCUUCGUACAUCAGUUGAUAUUUCAAAGUGCUGUACAGAAACCCAGCCUAAAACCCCAAACAGCAAGCAAUGCAGGUGUAGAAGCACGGUGGCUAGGAAAAAUUCCCUAGAAAGGCCAAAACCUAGGAAGAAACCUAGAGAGGAACCAGGCUAUGUGGGGUGGCCAGUCCUCUUCUGGCUGUGCCGGGUGGAGAUUAUAACAGAACAUGGCCAAGAUGUUCAAAUGUUCAUAAAUGACCAGCAUGGUCAAAUAAUAAUAAUCACAGGCCGAACAGUUGAAACUGGAGCAGCAGCACGGCCAGGUGGACUGGGACAGCAAGGAGUCAUCAUGUCAGGUAGUCCUGAGGCAUGGUCCUAGGGCUCAGGUCCUCCGAGAGAGAGAAAGAAAGAGAGAAUUAGAGAGAGCAUACUUAAAUUCACACAGGCCACCGGAUAGGACAGGAGAAGUACUCCAGAUAUAACAAACUGACCCUAGCCCCCCCAACACAAACUACUGCAGCAUAAAUACUGGAGGCUGAGACAGGAGGGGUCAGGAGACACUGUGGCCCCAUCCGAUGACACCCCCGGACAGGGCCAAAUAGGAAGGAUAUAACCCCACCCACUUUGUCAAAGCACAGCCCCCACACCACCAGAGGGAUAUCUUCAAUCACCAACUUACCAUCCUGAGACUAGGCCGAGUAUAGCCCACAAAGAUCCCCGCCACGGCACAACCCAAGGGGUCUUGUUGUUCGGCCAAAACGUUUGACAGUGGCACUCAUGACACCAUGGUGAUAUGUGGCAUUGGUCCUCCUUAAUGGGAAGAUUACUUGACUUAUCAAGGGUGACAAGUCAUUGUGGCACAGUUCCAUUUCUUUCACUAGUUCUUUCCUAGCCUAUGACCUAGACCUUCGGUGUUCUUUAUGGUUUCUAGAUCUGAUGCAAAUAUGUAUGUUAUGUUUUUCCAUCCAAUUCCUUUCAACUUCAAUUUAAACUAUUAAAACUUUUCUGAACUUAAA